GAUGACGCAACGGAAAUGACGGCGAUGACCACAGCGUCACCCGAGGCAGACUGGGAGAGGGUCGAUGACGUCACCCCGCCCACCACCACCACCAAUCGCGAGCGAGGAAAAGCUUGGUUCAAAAAACUCAAGUCUCCAAAGGGGUUAUGUUUUUUGAGUGUCGCCUCAGCUGUUUUGUUGAUCGUUGCCGCCUACCUGUUGUCUAAAGUUGUUUUUGGCAUACUUUACAUAGAGAGCUGUGAUGCGGAUCAUUUUAUUCCCAUUUACCUGGUGAUCAGUGGAGCGUUACCUCUGAUUGUCAUAGCACUAAUUAUCCUGCUCAUUUAUUUGAAGUACAAGCAGGACAACUCUGACGAGGGCGUCUCGUCUGUUCACCUGACUGCCUUCGUUUAUUUCUUCAUCCACCUCGUCCUUCAACUGGCAGGUAGCGUGUGUGUGAUCCGCACAAGAAACCACCUGAACAGCAAGGGUUCCGUGGACUGUGACGAGACCCUGGUCACAUUCUCCUUUGGGGUGGUCAUCUUUGAGCUGGUCAUCUCCUGCUUGAUGUUCAUCAUAGCCGUGCUCUCCAUCUGCGAGCUCGUCUACCUCGAGUGUUGCCAGACCCAGGACCCCAACCGGGACAGGACAACUAGCAAUGUCCUCUCAGUGCUUUGAUAGUCCUGUGAUGUCCUGUAAGGACUUUGAUAGUCCAGCAAUGUCCUCUCAGUACUUUGAUAGUCCAGUGAUGUUCUCUCAGUACUUUGAUAGUCCAGCAAUGUCCUCUCAGUACUUUGAUAGUCCAGUGAUGUUCUCUCAGUAUUUUGAUAGUCCAGCAAUGUCCUGUCAGUACUUUGAUAGUCCUGUGAUGUCCUGUCAGUACCUUGACUCUCAGUACUUUGAUAGUACUGGUAUUGUAACUACAAGGUCCUCUCAGUACUUUGAUAGUCCAGCAACAUUGUCUCAGUACUAUGAUAGUCCAUUGAUGUUGUGUCAGGACUUUCAUAAUCCAAUGAUGUCCUCUCAGUACUAUGAUAGUCCAGUGAUGUACUGUGAAAGUAACUACAAUCUUCUCUCAAUACUUUGAUAGUCCAGCAACAUUGUCUCAGUACUUUGAUAGUACAUGAACUGUUAGUUAAGGACUUUGAUAGCAAUGUUAUAUCAGGACCAUAACAGUACUUACUUACACUGUCGUGGCAGUACUUUGAUAGUUGUGCUAGUACCACGAUAAUGACAGUACCCGCUAUCUUCUGACAGAACUUUGAUAACGAAAGUACCAACAAAGUACUCUGAUAAUACAAAGUACUUGUAAAAAAACUUGUAUUUACAUAGAACCAAGAAACAUAAAACCAGCAUUUUGUAUCAGACCAGUACCACGUCAGGGGAGCUAACUAUAUUUUAUAAAGGGAAGCAAUUCAGUUAUUACUGAGCGUGUUAGUUUCCAUUAGGAUCACAUCUCACCGUGUUGAAGUUGGUUGUUUCUGCUUCCUGCAUUAUGUGAAACAUUUCACUUAAAAAGUUUUUUUAGCAACUUGUUGAUUAAAGCAUGGGCUGUAAUAAAAAAGUAAUGAAACUUUUAGUAACACUAGUUCCCUUGUACUCUCCUUUUAUUUUUGUUUUAGAAUCUAGUUUUAAAUCAAAAUUUUUGUUUUAUUAUCUGCUGAACGUAUUAGCUAGAUCUAAUUUGAAUUAUAUUCUUUAGGAAUGUAUAUUCUGUGACGUUUAGAUUUUAGAUGAUGCAGAAAUCUAUUAUUUGUGAUGAUCUAUUUUCUCUGAUUAUUGAAUAAAACUAAGAUGUGUCACAAAAAAAAAAUUUAGGAAUGUGUAAUUAGCAAAUUUAAUCUAAUUACUAAAUCAAAAUUACACUAGCUAAAUGUGGUAUUUUCAGAAUAAUUUUAAAAUCUGCAUAAAGAGUUAUGAACAUUUUAAGUAUUGGAUGUUUACCAAUGUGAAAAAAAUCAUAAUUUGUUUUUUAACAUGUCAUUCAUUUCAUUCUCAGCUGACAUUUUACAUAACAUUUCACCUGACAUGGCAUUUCUGUUACAUAAAUUGAUGCUGCAUAAAUUGUUAUCAUAUAAAUUAAUGUCAUAUAAACUGAUGUCACAUUUGUAUGUAUAUUUUGUUGGCACGUCACAUGGACCUAAAUUUUCUGGUGUAUAAGAUGACUGUUUAAUCCAAGAAAAUCUGAAAAAUUGGGCUUAAGUUAUACGCUGGGUAUUGUCUGUUAGGGCUAGUAGACCCCAAACUCUAUAUUUUAACUGGAAAGGUUGGGUGUUGUCUUAUACACAUGGUUCUCUUAUUCAUACAGUUGUCUUAUACAUAUUGUUGUCAAGAUUUCUUGAAAAUGUUGAUCUAAUGUUGACACACUUUGAUAAUGUCACUCUCCGUAAACAAAAGACAAACUUAGUAGAGUUGUGUAGUAUCACCAUGAGGACCAGUAGCCUGUAGAUGCAAACACAAGCUACAGGAGACGAGGGUUUCCAUUUUGUAUGGCAGACCUUGCUGCAUUAUAAUCUUGUCAGCCAAGGUUUCUAGCCUGGAUUUUUAGAAUGGGUGAGAGGUAAGGUGAGCCACAGAAUCAAAUGUUCUAUAGUUAAUGCAAGUAUUAUUUAAAGUUACAGCACAUGCAGGCAUACACUACACACCAUGGUAGUGCCCUAAACUUCACACCUCACUGUACACACCUACCUGCACACACCUCAGUAUACACACUUCACCGUACACACAACACACGUCACCGUACACAUCAUUAUACACACACCAUAUACACAUCACCACACACACACACCAUACACACAUCACCACACACACACCAUAUACACAUCACCACACACACACCAUACACACACACCAUACACACAUCACCACACACACAUCACCACACACACAUCAUACACACAUCACCACACACACAUCAACACACACAUCACCACACACAUCACCACACACAUCACCACACACAUCACCACACACAUCACCACACACACAUCAUACACACAUCACCACACACACAUCAACACACACAUCACCACACACAUCACCACACACAUCACCACACACAUCAUACACACAUCAACACACACACAUCACCACACACGCAUCACCACACACACCAUACACACAUCACCACACACACAUCACUAUACACACACCAUACACACAUCACCACACACAUCACCACACACAUCAUACACACAUCACCACACACACACACACAUCAUACACAUAUCACCACACACACAUCAACACACACACAUCACUAUACACACACCAUACACACAUCACCACACACAUCACCACACACAUCACCACACACAUCACCACACACAUCACCACACACACCAUACACACCAUACACACAUCACCACACACACAUCACCACACACACACCAUACACACAUCACCACACACAUCACCACACACACCAUACCCACAUCACCACACACACACCAUACACACACACCAUACACACAUCAUACACACAUCACCACACACACACCAUAUACACACACACCACACACACAUCACCACACACAUCACUACACACACCAUACAUACAUCACCACACACACACCAUACACACAUCACCACACACAUCACCACACACAUCACCACACACAUCACCACACACACCAUACACACAUCACCACACACACACACCAUACACACACACCAUACACACACACACCAUACACACAUCAACACACACAUCUUACACACAUCACCACAUACACAUCAACACACACACAUUACCACACACACACACCAUACACACAUCACCACAUACACAUCACACACACAUCACCACACACACACCAUACACACAUCACCACAUACACAUCACACACACAUCACCACACACACAUCAACACACACACACAUCAUACACACAUCACCACAUACACAUCAACACACACACAUUACCACACACACACACCAUACACACAUCACCACAUACACAUCAACACACACACAUUACCACACACACAUCAACACACACCAUUCACACAUCGAUAUAUACACACACUACACACACACACAUCACCACAUACACACACCAUACACACAUCACCACAUACACACACCGUACACACACACCGUACACACACACCACCAUGUACACAAACACAUAAUCACCACAGUGGCUGUAUUAUUAAUUUUAAAAUUGGAAUUUUUUUUUUACAAUCCAUCAGCUGUAAAGCUAUGUUUAAUCCAUCAGCUGUAAAGCUAUGUUUUAUUCACUAGCUGUAAAGCUAUGUUUAAUUCACCAGAUGUAAAGUUAUAUUUAAUUCUUAAGCUGUAAAGCUAUGUUUUAUUCACUAGCUGUAAAGCUAUGUUUAAUUCACCAGAUGUAAAGUUAUAUUUAAUUCUUAAGCUGUAAAGCUAUGUUUAAUUCAUCAGCUGUAAAGCUAUGUUUAAUUCACCAGUCACCAUCCUUCACUGCCAAGUUGUAAUUUAUAUGAGAAUAAAAAAUUGAACUUUUGGAAAUUAA